CCUGAUUGGCUGCGUUCAUUGAUGGCAUACCUGGCAUACGGCUAGAUAUACGGCAGAAUUCGUCCGGGAAAAGUUAUUCUGUCGCCCAGUAAAUAAGUUAUUUGAGUUAAAGUUAUUGAGAAGUACAAACACUCUAUUCAAAAGGCAGAACUCGGUAUAGCUACAGUUUCUUAGCUUAAAAAUAACUCCGACUUUAUUUACUCAGUUGCUUCAAGUGCUUCACAUGCUAUUCCCUUCCUGAUACCCACUCGAUGCAAUGGAAAAAUAAAUCAAUAAAAAUGCCACGUAAUGUUGUGCUGUUAGUGAUAACGUUUUACCCGGAUUAUCGCCAACCUGGAAAAGUUUUUGGAAGCUGGUCACGGUAACUAGUUAAAUUGGUAUUAUUUUGUCCUCACUGGAGAAGAAGGCACAGAUCUGGAUUGGUUCCGGUAGAUCCGAAGCACCGUUCAAGCGAAAAGCUAACAUUAGAAGAUAAUAACCGACUACCUGCGUAGCAGAAGAUUAGUAGAAGGCAAAUUGAUCUCGUAAUGGUUGCAAUGCCUUCCUUUUAUCGCACGAUCUGUGUUCUAUUGAGCUGCAUUGCGUCUUUUCGCUCAUUCGUAACGGCUGCCCAGCAAAAUGUGAUAUACGCAAUUAAUGCCGGUGGUGAAGCUCAUAUCGAUUCGCAUGGAAUCAAAUACGAGCGAGAUCCCCUGAUGGGGAAAGUCGGUACCGAGUCAGAUUACGGCAAGCAGCUCCUGAUGAUCAAUCGAGUCAAACCGAACGAUGAAGUACUAUACCAGACGGAACGAUAUCAUCAUGACACCUUCGGGUAUGAUCUACCGAUUGCUGGUGAUGGAGAGUACGUCUUAAUAUUGAAAUUUUGUGAGGUGUAUUUUAAUGCUGCCAAUAUGAAGGUUUUUGAUGUUUUACUGAACAACCGACAUAUGGUCAUUACGGAUCUGGACAUAUUUUCCCUGGUUGGCAAAGGAACAGCACACGAUGAGUACGUGUACUUCACCGUUUCGCGUGGAAAGUUAUAUUUCAAGGAAGAAGAUUCCGAGAUUCGCGGAGGAAAAGUGAAACUGGAGUUUUUAAAGGGUUAUAAAGAUAAUCCUAAAAUCAAUGCCAUCGUUCUGCUUAAAGGUUACGAUGAAGUUAACCUGCCAAGAUUGACCCCACUAGCCAGCGAACAGCCGGUGCAGGAAAGUUACGGCGGGGACUCACAAACAGUCGACACUGUUGCAGAUGGGGAUGUGUUAACAGACGGAAAAGCUAAACAGCGAAAAACUAGUGGCCCGAAGCAACCGAAUCCGUACUCUCUGGAUGAAUCGUCCAUGAUGUUGCCAGUUUUUAUAGCCAUCGGAGCAUUUAUACCGCUAUUGUUUUGUUUGUGUCGACUGUGAUUUUGUUCAACAUAUUGUUUUUUGGUUCUUUGGUUUCAUGAGAGAGUAUCAGAUAGGUGGACAGUCGUCCAUGACACAACACUUACGCGGUGCUGGCGGUUAACACAUUUGUUAAAAUAUUUUUAAUUAGUGAAAACAGUUCUGAUAUUUACAACGUAUCAACUUAAAGUGGUACCUUUACAAGGUAGAAAAGAAUGUUUCAGAAAACGAUGGUAUUCAACUUUUAGGUUUAAACUUCUAGGGCAGCCGGAAAAAGAUUACGUUGAGAUCACAUUGUCAGUUGAUAUAAUUGACUAGCUAACUAGCUGACAUUUUUUCAACAAAAAGAAAAUACACACAAAUUAUCAGCAACGUUUCUACCGCUCAAAUCGAUAGCGACAGUCGAUUCUUACCAUUAGCAAUGAAAAUUUUACCAGUAACUUAACUAAUAUAUUACUUAUAGAAUGCUAGAACGCGAAAAGCUCAAAAAUAUGUUAGUUGUUGAAUGCUGAUAUAUAAGUAUAAUAGAGGUAAGCCACCCGGCACAAUUUUAAAUGCACUAAACUACAAGCAGCUGUGAGACGUACUUAUAUUAUGUUAGAUUUUACUUCGUCUAUUUGAUUUAGAUACAACGAAAUGCAUAAUGGAUAGUGAGAGAAGCUCCGACUAGAACUAGAACUGCUAGAUUAUAACUUCAAAACAGUCAUUUUUGUAUGAGUUCAGCCUGUAGCACGCCAGCUACUUUUUAAUUUAUUGUUAGUGAUAAGAGAAGCCUAUGAAAUAACUCAUAUCGCUAGGCCGAACCGUCAAAUCAAUAAACAUGAUUUGUAUUGCGCAUA